AUGGCUACAAAGAAUAUGGCGGUCUACCACUACCUUGAUAUCGGCAGACUAGGCCGGGGAGAAGUUGUCAAACUGUUCUUGAAGGAUUCUGGUAUCAAGUUCAAAGAGGUCCGUUAUGCAUACGACGAGACCUGGCCUAAGAUUAGCAAGAUUCUCCAGGAGCAAGGUGUCACAAGAACAGGAAAAGUACCCGUACUUGAGUACCAGGGCUUGAUCCUCACGCAGCAUAUCCCGAUCUUACGUUACCUUGCUAGAGACCUUGGCUCUUACGACGGAGAAACCAACCAAGAGAAAUACGCGGUCGAUGUUGUCUCUGACAUCUACAUUGACUGGAGAUCCAAAUGGGUAGCCAACCUGUCGAACAAAACGGACCAGUACAAGGAUGAGGUUGUACCGACGUACUACAGUCUCCUGGGACAGUAUUACAGUGAUAACGACGGCCCGUACCUCCUAGGUGAUAAGGUCACCUACGCCGAUUUUGCGGUUUAUCAAUCCAUUGAUAAUGAUGAAAGAACUGGAACUCUUCCGUCCUCUCUCCCGCAGCCACUUCUCAAGUUGCGAGAGGCUAUUGAGAAGCGACCCAAUAUUGCAGAAUAUAUUAGGGAGACUCGCAAGGACUAG